AGCACGGGUAAGCCAGUCCCUAUGCCGCGAGAGUAUGGGUGGAGUAUGGUUCAAAAUACAGUUUUAAAUGUAUCGAAAGGGAGUCCGGCGCGUGCUCCUCCGGCUGUGACAGCACGGGUGGGAGGAAAUGACAGCGCGCGGGGAAAGUUUGUCCUAAAAGCUGCUGGACUGCGCUCGAGUCGCGCUGUCUCGGACCCUCGGCUCUAAAAUGGCUGGCUGUAGGUCCGAGGAAGCUCCGGUGCAAAGGGAAGGAUCUACUCCACACCGAGACUGCCUGUGAAUAUUCACGUUUCUCUGCUCUGGCUAUCGACGUGAUGGCGGUGUCCCAGGUCCGAGAGCUGUCAAAGCGCUCCAGCACCAUAAUGUUACUGGCAUUUCGGACCUAGGACUAAAUAUAAAUGGGUAUGCCCCAAAAUGGAUUCUCAGCUGGCUUCAGUCCUGACCAGUGGCAGCCUAGAUGUCCAAAAUGGCAGCCAGUGUGCAGAGGGAUCAGGACCAGUGACAGAGGUUUUUUUGGACUCAAAGGAAAAAACCUCACCCAGUGCUGUACCAGGUAACCUCCAGCCAUGCCCUGUCACAGCAGCAGUGACCAUCAGGAGGACAGAUGCUCCAUCAAUCAAUGGGAAAAAGCCAGAGGUGGGCGGGCCUUGUGAGCCGGCCUUUCAGGAAAGGAGAAGUGAGAUUGCUGGGUUGAAACAGCCAAUUACAGUCAAGACUGGAGUGCCUGUGGUGCACAGCCAACCAAUCACACUCAAAAUUGUUGUUCCCCCACGGUGCAAGAGGCCAAUCACAAACUCUGUCAUCAGCCCGACCAAAGACUUUGCUCGCUCACAUUUUAUAAGACCAGUUCCUGUCUCAGCUGAAGAAGAAAAAAACCGAAAUAACAUCCAAAACACUGCUCUUAAGAAUAAAAGAGAAAUCCAGGAAGUUGUUCAUCAAAAGACUGAGGAUGCUAAAACAGAACCAUUCCACAAGACUGAGGCAGAGCAGGAGGAGAAAACCUGCAAAGCAAAAGAUGUUUCUCGUGCUAAAAUAAUCCAAAAUGAUGGGUUAGAGGCUCCUUUAAUCCCUUGCACUACUACAGUAAAAAUACUAACCCAAAAAAUGAUUAAAGAGGAAAACACAGAGAGAGAAAUUGAAAAUAUUCCUCUAAUUUUGCAAGAAAUGGACUUGAAGUCUUGUGUAAUAUUUGAUAAGUUAGGAAUGGAAGAACAGACAGAGCCGCUGGAUCUGAGCUUGCCUACAAAAAGAGAGAGUCGAGAGAGGAGGUGUGGACGCUUCCUGGAUGAUUCGGGUUGCGAGAGCUCGCUGAUCAUGGAGGUGGAUGAAUAUGAGGGAGAAGGAGACAGAGAUAUUGUGGAAGAAGAUGACGAGGGUCAAAACAGGAACUCUGUCCUGUGUAUGGAUGGAACACAUACACUUGAAGACUCUCUCUUGUCGCCCUGUUUUUUUUCCAACUCCAUCUUUAGCUCCCUCUCCUCAGUGGACUGUGACACUGAAAACCUCCUUCUCAUAGACGACCAGGGAAUCCCGUAUACUCUCAGUCCAGAUGGAGUCAAAGUGCCGCAAGUCGACGCUUCCACAUCAGAGGAUCCUCAGUCAGAUCAGGCUAGUUCAACAGAGGCAGAAGGAGCAAAUUCGUCACAUUUAGCAGAUCCCAGCAUCAGCCAAAGUUUAGACAAUGCACUAAAUGCACCUUCUGAUGAUCUGUUCCCCUCACCAGCCUCUAAUACAGACUCUCCACAACUAUCUGUUGAUCAGACAAUGACAGAGAAAGAUGGCAUGACGAGUUUGAUCACUAACUCAGACCCAACUGAACUUAGUGUGCAGUCUGUUCAGGAGUCUAGUCCUGUUCUGUCAGCUUCCUCUGGAAUAUCACUCCCCACCCAGCCCAUUCAGAUUCUCACAAACCCUUCUGCCAACACUCCUAUUCUGCUCCUCUCAGCCUCCUCCUCCUCCUCUCAGCUCUCUUCAGCUCCAAUGGGUAUCUCGCUUCCUCUUUCAGUCACCCAGACCGCCCCUGGUGCUUCCACCCAAAUGUUCCUGCUCCUUUCUUCUUUACCCACCUCCUCCUCCACAGACUCCGCCUCUACCUCUACCCCAAUUGCCGUCCUCGACCCCUCCACCGGCCAGUUGUCACAGAUCACAGCAGCCUCGGCCCCGGCGGUCUCCCUCCCUUUGCCCCCUGGUCAGCAGGGAUCACCUCUUCCCACGCUGUCUCACCCCGUUAUAAGACUGAGCCCCAACAACCCCCCCAUCAUCCUAUCAGGGGUAAAUAAUGUCAACUCUGGCUCUGUUCUCACCUCUCUUACCAUACAGUCGCCCUCUCCUGCUCCUCAAAAUGACGUCCGCAGCACUACUCCUCUUCUUCAUUCUCAAAUCAGCUCUUCCGACUCAAACAUAGGAAGUGAAGCCAUAUCUACUGAAGAAAUCUCAAAUGAAAACAAGAAGCCAUCAACGUCAGACUCCUCUGCUACUACAACCUUUGACCCCUUGGCUCAGCCCAGCUCAGAGGCCCAGUCACCUUCCCCAGAGCCCAAGUAUGACUCGUCAGACCUGCACUCACAACACUUACCUCUGGACGACCAUCUUUACUUCUCCAGUGCUGCUGCUCCUCCCUCCCCUCCUAUAGGAUCCAUACUCUCCUCUGGUAAAAUCGAGCCCCUCGACCCACUGGAUCCCCUCUCUUCGGAGGAGUCCCCCAACAGCUUGGCAUCUCGCAGGGUGCUAUACUGCCAGCUGUGCCCUCGGGUCUUCUUUUACCUCUCCGACCUCGAGCGCCAUGCCAUCACUCACUCGCAGAAGAAGCCUCAUGUCUGUCAGCAGUGUGGGAAAGCCUUCAAACGCUCCAGCCAUCUGCAGAGACACAAGCACAUCCACACAGGCCAGAGGAACUUUGUAUGCCCCAUCUGCUCCAAACGCUUCAGGGAGGCCGGUGAGCUGCAGCGCCACCAAAGGGUCCACACCGGAGAGAAACCAUACCAGUGCCAACUCUGCCACACCCGCUUUGCCGAGCGCAACACACUACGCCGACACACUAAACGCAAACACCCUUACCACCAAGUAGCCAUGGAGAUGCUGAAUGAGAGGAGAGGAGGCAGCCGAGGAGACCGAGGAGGAGGAGGUGAAGGAUCUGGUGUGCAGGAGGAAGAGGAGAGCGCCGAGUGGUACAGCUCCACUGUGUCUCAACUGGAAAACUCUGAGUCUGAGGCGGAAACCUAAAGAGUCCAAAGUUAAGAGGAGGAGAGAUUAGCAGGGUGAAAAAGUGUGAGACACUGAACUUUCCUCGUUAGUUAAAUUCAAAGAAGGGAGCACUUGCAAUAUUUAUUUAAUGCUUUUAAAGUAAUUUAUUUAUGAAUAUAUAUUAGACCCAUUCCAUUUAAUGGUCCAAAUGUUCCGCCUUUAAGUCAUCCUGACUUCCAUGCAGACGUUUCUGUAGGGAAAGGUUGCAUAAUUAAAGGGAAAUCUUGACUUUAAAUCAUGCCUUUUUGUUCAAGUUCAGGAUGUUAAUUAGUUUGCCAACUUGAGGUCGUAUUCUGACACAAUCCAUGAAAAAAACCCUCAAGUGCUCCAAAAAUAAAUAACCUAUUUACUGUAAAAAAGAAAAGAAUCUCUGCUCUAGCUGUAUAUAUAUUUAAAGAGAACUAUUUGUAAGAGCUGCACUUCUGCACUAUCUUAGAUGAAAGAUGUUAUCUAUCUUUCUCACCGUCAGAGACACUGUGAGUCAUUUGCACAUGUUUUAUUUCAAAUGAAUAUUACAUUUUUUACAUUGUGAAGGAAAAUGCUAACUUCUUUCUUUUUGUUGCAACUAUUGAUUUGAUGUAUUUAAUCCAUAUCAUGUCAGAGUUUGACCAAAUUUAUUGAUUUAUUCUCACAUUAACACUAUAUUCAGACUUUUUUCUUUAAUGUGAACUAUGUUAAAUUAUUUGAAUUAAACUUUAUCAAUUUCAC